AUGAUACCAAGGACUAAAGUCACAACUGCUUGCCAAAACUGCCAAACAAAAAAAAUUAGAUGUUCAGGUCCUCCCGAAUGUACCAAAUGUCGGGAAAAAAAUCAAAUCUGUAAUUUUAUCACUGAGAGAAAGCGACGUGGUCCUACUCCGAGAAUAAAACGUGAUGUUAUCGAAUCUUUAGCAACUCGGCGGGCGAAAAUUGGUUAUUGUCCCCCUUCGUUUGUAAUUUUAACCAAAAAAACAGCAAACAUUAGUAAUAUAAUAGAUCUUAAUUUUAUGGGACAUGUAUCUGAAUUAGAGAGUAAACGUAUGUCUCAUGCUUAUUAUAAUGACAAAUUGUUUCGUAAUCAAAAUGAAGUUCGAGGCACUAAUACUCAAGAAAUACAAUUACGGUUUGAUGCUUUGAUUAAUGAUAGUGAAGUUGAAAGCCAAAUCCAUCAUUUAAAUCAUAUCGAUAAAGAAAAAAAUAUGAAUGUCGAAUUUCGUACUCCAAGAGCGAAUUCAUUUUCAUCAUUAAAUGAUAGGCCUCACCAUAAUCCGAGCCUUUUUCCUGAAAAUAUAACAUACAAUGUUCUUUAUGGGAUCGGUAACAAAAAGGAAUCGAAGGAAGAGGUUCCUAUUUAUGAGGUUGCUAUUCUAUUUGCAUAA